AUGCGUUUCUCUCAGAUCACUCUCGGCGGCCUUGUGACAUCUACUGUUGCUGCUACCAAUCUUUUUGUAUCUUCUUACUCUGGAAAUAUCACGACGCUGCUUUUGAGCCCAGAAGCCAUUGGGGGAUUCUCGUUGAAGACUGUUUCGGUCAACACAGUUGCUCAAACUAGUCCGUCAUGGUUGACGAAGGAUGAACUGAACGGAAUCAUAUAUUCAACUGAUGAGGGGUUCUUUGGACCAAAUGGCUCGGUAUCUGCUUACUCGGCAUCUGAAUCUGGAGAAUUGACUCUAUUGGGCCGCUCUAUAUCUGUUGGUGGACCUGUCAGCUCCGUUGUUUACAAUGGUGGAAAGGGUCUAGCUUUGGCACACUAUUCAGGUUCAGCAGUAACAAGCUGGUCCAUCCGCGCAAAUGGGACUCUUGACCCCCUGCAAGCCCUUACCUUCAAACUCACCGCACCUGGCACCAACCCAGCACGGCAAGACGCCCCUCAUCCACACGAAGUGAUCGUCGACCCAACAGACAGCUUCAUUGUCGUGCCCGACCUGGGCGCGGAUCUCGUCCGCGUCUUCAGCAUCGACCAAACCACCAGUCUCCUCACGGAGUCGACGGCAUUCUCCACACCCGCUGGCUCUGGUCCACGACACGGCGCAUUCUUGAAAGCGGAAUGUGGAAAUACCUAUUUCUUCUUGAUUUCGGAAUUGUCGAACACCAUUGCGAGCUACAAAGUCACAUAUGGCGACAAGAGUUUGAGUUUCGAGGAAGUGUUUGUGAGCGGGACAUACGGGCCCAUGGAGACACCAGCCGGAGCUUCUGCUGCUGAAGCUCUUAUAAGCCCUGACCACAGAUUCCUCGUCACCUCCUCCCGCAAUGCACCACUCUUCGAUAUCGACAAUUUCGAUCCCAACAACAGCACCAAGAUCGCAUCCGACACUCUCCAAACCUGGGCUAUUGACGAUGCCACGGGAGAGCUGUCAUUCACGCAGCUUGCUCCUGCGGGAGGAAGAGUUCCAAGACAGUUCUCGCUUAACAAGGCGGGGACUCUGGCAGCGGUGGGCUUGCAGAGUGAUAGUAGGGUGGUGAUCUUGCAGAGGGACGUGGCUAGUGGGGAGUUUGGGGAUUUCGUGGCGUCGGUUGAUGUCGGUGGGGAGAUCACGAGCGUCAUUUGGGAUGAGUGA